AUGCAAGGCCCAAAGGUCUCGCGCAACGACACUGUAGAUACAUCUCGCCGUUUCAGCGAACUAUACUUUGGAUAUGCUUCCAACCUCUCGCCCGCAGCAAUGAAGGGUCGCUGCCCUGACAGCCUGUUCUGCGGUCUCGCUCGCCUAGAGAACUGGAAGUGGCAAAUCAACAGCACUCAGUACGGCAAUAUCAUUCCAUCCGAAGGCAACGUUGUCUACGGUAGUUUGUUCUUCCUCUCACCGCGCGAUGAAGCAGGUCUAGACGAGAGCGAAGGCGUCCCUUGGCUUUACGAGAAGCGAACUGUAGAGGUCGAGCGCGUUGGCGCUGAUGGCAAGGGUACGGGACAGAGGGUCUCUACCAUGACCUAUGUCGAUGUGCAGAGGACAGAUGAGGGUACGAUCAUGCCCGACUACAUCGUCUGGAUUAACAAGGCCAUCCGAGACGCUAAACCGUACGGCCUGCCGGAUGAGUAUGUUCAGAAGUACGUUAGGCCGUACAUUCCCCCGAUUAGCAAGGAGGACGAGGAUCGCGAUCUGAUAGCAGUGAGAGUGAUGGCACCGAGACACAGGGGUAUCGAUUGA